AUGGAGAUGAUUGUACAGCGCUUGAGUUUAAGGGAUCGAAUUCGCACAGGUCUUGCCUGCAAGUCUUGGAAUUCAGUUUGUAUGCGAGGACACAUCCGCGGUGCUCCAGAAGCGCCCUGGUUAGUUCUUCCUCAGGAUCCAAAUUGCAACUACUUGUCCUUUACCAACCUUGCCGACGGCAAAGUUCACAAGUUGAAGCUGCCUAAGCCAAUUCAUGGAAGUCGGUUUUAUGGCUCUUCAAGAGGUUGGUUAAUUAUGAUCCAAGAAAAAAGACUGAAUUCUAAAAUGUUUCUGUUCAACCCGGUUUCAGGAGCCUUACGCCAACUUCCACCAUUGUGGACAAUUCCAUCUUUCAAAAAGUUUGUAGAAACAGAAUGGGUUCUGUGUGGUACCGGCUUUUUCUUUCGGCACAUUGUGCUAUCCACCUCAGAUAUUAAUGAUUCAGAAUGUAUUGUGGCAGCAAUAUUUGAUAAUUUAAAGGUGUUGGUUAUGUGUAGACCUGGAGACAAAACAUGGAGUGGCUUCCAGGUAUUAGAUGAAAAUGAACAUCAUUACCAAUUAUUGUUUUCUAGUACUGGUAAGUUAUACUCCUUGGCUAUUAGUAAUAUUAAGAGUGAGCUCAUCCAACCUCGCACCAUAAAAUUUGGAGAUGUGGAAGUGGAAUUGAUCUUAGUCUAUGAUAACGAGGAGCAGAAUGGAAUUGACUUUGAGUAUCAUAAUGACUACAAAAUCAGUUUAAAUGGGGUAUACGAAUCAUUCUUGUUUGAAUCAACCAACAGUGAAGUCUUGGUGAUCCAUCAAAUAAGAGAUGUUUUUGAAAUUCGCACAAGCAUGGAUGAUGAGGAUGAUGAAGAACUGGAACUGGAAGGAGGAAAUCAUCAAGAUGAUGAUGAGGAAGAACACAACAUGCAAGAAGAAAGUGAUGACGAGCUCGAGGAGGGCAACACUGACUACAAUGAUCAUGAAUAUUUCAGGACAUCUGGUUUUAAAGUUUACAAGAUUGAUCCUGAGACUGGUGACUUUCUUAAGGAACAAAGUUUGGGGGACCAAAUGUUAUUUUUGAGCUCGCACGGUUCCUUCUCUCUUCGGGCGAGCGAUUUCAUGGAGUUAGACAGGAACAACAUUUACUUUGCGACAAAAGGAAUCGACUCCUUUAAUGUUCACAAACAAUUUACAACUCGUGAGAUCGGCACCUUCUGCCUCGAUAAUGAAAGAGUUAAGAGAUCCUUUCCAAGCGUCCAAGAAUCAAUGGGGUCUCGAAUGAGUUGGUUUACACCAUGUUUGGGAUAG